GGCCGGUGAGGAACCCGAGAUGGCGCCGGCGCCGGCGCCUCCGUCCGCGACUCGGCCGGCGCGACUCCCGCUCUCCCGGAUAAAAGCGCUGGUGAAGGCCGACCCAGACGUCAGCCUGGCCAGCCAGGAGGCCGUCUUCGCCAUAGCUCGCGCCGCGGAGCUUUUUGUGGAGACCCUUGCCAGAGACGCCUUUGCCUAUUCCCAGCAAGGGAAAAGGAAGACGCUCCAGAGGAAGGACCUGGGUAAGGGAGCGGUCCUCUGGCCGACCUGCCUGGCUACCGACAAACACAGAUGCUGUGGCCUGACGGGGCAGAUGGCUUGCUGUGUGUUAGCACAGGACAAUGCCAUUGACGCAACAGACGAGUUUGCAUUUCUGGAAGGUACGCUGGACUGACUGGACGAAGAGGAAUUCCUGGAAGGAAGGAGCACGCGGAGCUGUGCAGUCCAAGCCAGAGGUGCAGGAUGAGACUCUCUCAGACGGAGGGGUUUGCUUUGCCCUGCUGGACCUGCCGUGUUCAAAGUGGCACUAAAAGUGGCAGAGCCCCGUGUUGCUUAUAUAUGUUAUUCCCCUAAUGCUUUGUAUAAAGUCUGCAUAUUGCUAAUUCUUUAAAUACACACGUCUUUUCCCCACA